AGAGUUGGGGGGAGAAAUAGAAGGGCUGCCGAACAACACUUAGCUCAGACCUUAGCAGAAGUUUACCCAACAGAUAGUCCGCCGCCGGAACCUCUGGACCGUGGCCGUCAACGUCAGGCUUCCAGUCGCUAAGAUGACCGAGCUGCGCCACCGAGGCGCCAAAGACGGCGAGCCUCCGCUGGAGCAGCAGCCGUCAGAGGACAAGGCCCCAUCCAAUCAGCAGGCUUUGACAGCUCAACAAUAUGGAGGGAGAUUCUCUGUCGGUGCUUCACGUCCCACGCACAGCGCUGUCCUGAUGGUCUGCGCGGCUAAUUUUAGUGUUUCCUCUGGCUUGAUGAAGCUGAGGGACAACGGCUCAGACAGCGAGCUAAAAGGAGACAACGAGCCCAAGGUGGAUUCGGGAGUUCCCGAGGUGCCGGUCCCUCCUGAUGACACCCCCGAGGUUCUCAACAAGGCCCUGUCUGGACUCUCCUCAAGAUGGAAGAACUGGUGGGUACGAGGCAUCCUGACACUAGCCAUGAUCUCCUUCUUCUUCUUCAUCAUCUACCUGGGCCCCAUGGUGCUCAUGAUGAUUGUCCUCUGCGUUCAGAUCAAAUGUUUCCAUGAAAUCAUCACGAUCGGGUACAACGUGUACCACUCCUACGACCUGCCCUGGUUCCGGACGCUGAGCUGGUACUUUCUGCUGUGCGUGAACUACUUCUUCUACGGCGAGACGGUGACCGAUUACUUCUUCACGCUGGUGCAGAGAGAGGAGCCUCUUCGCAUCCUCAGCAAAUACCACCGCUUCAUCUCCUUCGCACUUUACCUCACAGGUUUCUGCAUGUUCGUGCUGAGCUUGGUGAAGAAACAUUACCGCCUUCAGUUCUACAUGUUCGGCUGGACCCAUGUGACUCUGCUGAUCGUAGUGACCCAGUCCCACCUCAUCAUCCACAACCUGUUCGAGGGGAUGAUCUGGUUCAUUGUUCCCAUUUCCUGUGUGAUAUGCAACGACAUCAUGGCCUACAUGUUUGGUUUCUUCUUCGGCCGAACGCCGCUCAUCAAGCUGUCGCCUAAGAAGACCUGGGAGGGAUUUAUCGGUGGAUUAUUCGCCACUAUUGUGUUUGGUAUUCUGCUCUCCUACGUCAUGGCUGGAUACCGCUACUUUGUUUGUCCUGUGGAGUUCAACAACGACUCCAACAGUUUCCAGGUGGACUGUGAGCCAUCAGAGCUGUUCCAGCUGCAGGACUACACCCUGCCAGGAGUCCUGGAGUCCGUCACCGGAUGGACCACCGUGCGUCUGUAUCCGUUCCAGAUCCACAGCAUCGCUCUCUCCUCCUUCGCCUCCAUCGUUGGGCCCUUCGGUGGCUUCUUUGCCAGCGGCUUCAAGAGAGCUUUUAAGAUCAAGGAUUUUGCCAACACCAUACCGGGUCACGGAGGCAUUAUGGACAGAUUUGACUGCCAGUACAUAAUGGCCACAUUCGUCAAUGUCUACAUUGCCAGCUUCAUCAGGGGCCCCAACCCAAGUAAGGUGGUCCAACAGCUCCUGGCCCUGCGGUCCGACCAGCAGCUCUACAUCUUCAACUCCCUGAAGGCUCACCUGACGGAGAAGGGUCUGCUGCGAGCCGCCGAGGCGGCCGCCUAGCCCGCCGGCGCCCUCAGGGAACCCGUGGAUUAUUUGUGAGCGAGGACACAUCAAUGAAAACCAAGAAAAAGAGAAAGGAAAAAAAAACAUAACAUUCAUCUUUGGGCCAUUCCAUUUUAUUUAGGGUUGGAGCGUUGUGCCUCUGUGCUUGACUGCUCUGUGGGUCUUCAUUCUGUGUUUUCAGCUUCGGUUAAAGUCCAGCCCCUCAUUACCAGUGUAGCCGAUAUAUUGAGUUUUUGUUUUUCUUUGAAAUCAACACUGUUAAACUAAAUGUUGGUCAUUUAGAAAUGUGAUUGUACAUUUCUGCUUGUUUACACAAUAUUCUUUGAUAUUAUCGGCUCACGUGUGUUGAUGUUUUAUCGUACGUCUUUUUUUUUUUUUUUAAUCUAAAGGAGUGCUCUAAACCACGUUAACACACUGUAAUGUUACUGCAGCUUCACCCUCCCACCUAUGAAUAGCUACGUUUUAUUUUGGUUGUGAUUGUUGUUACUAUUUAUACAGAGACGGUUUUUAUAUUUCAGAUGUUCUAUUGUGUCUUAAUGUCUGUUUUAUUCAGGCAGUUGUGUGCAUUUUUGUAUCUUUUUGUUACGUCGUUUUGUUUCAGUUGAGCCAUUUCCAAGCCUUUCGCGCUUGGCCAAAUCAUUAACAUCACAUCAUCAUGUCGAUGUCUGAAUUCCAACCAAACCUUUCAGUCGCGAAAAUUCCUAAAGCAACCGUGUUUUCUAAAAUAUCUCUCUGUAGGCCAGCGACCUCACUCUCAGCUCUUUGCUAGCUUUCAUAAGUUUUUUUUUUUCAACUCUCCCGCGGUCAUAGCUCGACGCUCAGGGGAAGCGCAGCAGAUGUCACGAUCAGUCAGGGGGGAAGACGGUAAUUUCCUGAAACAACACACGCAAGUAAGCAAAUCUCGUGAAAGCCCACAUGGGGUCCAAAUAACACCUUCUCUUCACACCAUGGGAGGGUUAAAGUCUUUUUUUGUUUGUUUUUUUUGCUGCAUCCGACUUGCUGUUUGAAGGUUGUUUCUUAUUUCACCUGUUGGGUGCCACGACGGUUGGGAUAGUAACAUUUUUGGGGGCACAAUGAUUCCUGCACUGCCAUUUCUGAUGCUGUGUGUCGUUCGGCAGCAUCACAACAGAGACGCUCCGCUCACAAAGUUCAUACACUGAACAUCAGUAAGGAUAUUAGCAUGUUGGGCUAAGGCACAUCCGCUAACGUUGCACCUUGCCAAUACUGUAUGUGUUCAUUCCUCUAGGUUUAUUAGUCAUUUUAUGUGUUAUUUAUGCCAAGUGUGAUUUAAUAGUAAAGCAUAAGCUUAAGCCUAUGUGGUGUUUGGUUUCUUUACAGGUAGCAUGUUUGGUCACUUUAAUAGGCACACCAGUAGGUGUUUAGGUUAGCAUAGAGAAACGGCAACACGUGUUCAGAUUUGUUUUUUUUCAUUUAGCUAAUGCCAAUAUUCCAGAUGAUUUAUUUAUGAUUUUCUAGAUAUAAUUUGUUCUAACCUGAGCUCAGCAAUUUGGAAACGUCUACAACACAUCUGUUGCCACAGCCGUCAGAUUUAUUGGCAUUCUUGUGCCGUCUGGAAUUUAUUAAAACAUCUGUAUUAAUUUAGCUCUUUUAUUGAUGCUCCACCUUGGUUAUUUUUAUUCAUUUAACUAGGAUCUGACUUCUGGAGGGCAGAAACCUUUGUAGACUCCCUGUCGUAAUUAAUUCAACAGUACAUGCAACGCUGACCAGCCUUUGGGUUUACCUGUAGGUGAUUUAAGCAUUUCACUCUUCCACACCUUAUGCAAGCGCCUUCUGGCAAACCCAGCGGCCAUUGGCAAACCCAGCGGCCAUUUUUGAAAUAUCGGCUUAAUGACCUCGUGUUUUUUUUUUUUUUUUCCCCCUCUCACUUUUGACAUUAUUCUGGUAGCAACAUUCCUAUGUGGAUUACUUCUAUGUCACUUUUUUCUAUCAAUUUGGCAGCAAACGUUUGCCAAACUUCUCUGAGUAUAAGACAUUAGACAUGCUAAGAUGAUAUUUGACGUUUUUUAAAAAUAUUUCCCUACAUUAUUUGCUGAAUGUUACUUUGUAGCCACCCCGUUUUAUUUCUCCUUUUUCUCUACUGGGAAUUUAAUGCAACAUUACAUUACGAAAACAUGCAAUCCAAGUAUUAUUGUACAGGACUGUAGUAUCAAAACUCACAUUUACUGUCGGUUUCCUUUCAAACACUGAAAUGUCUCCGAUCCAUUUGAAUUUCUUUCACUAAAAUCUGUAUCAGGCGUGGGCAUCGAGGGCAGCAAAGUGUUUCCCUUCUUCGAUGCCUGGUAACAGAAAUGCAAUACCGUACCAAAUUACAUCCACGCAGUCUUUCUGUGAUUAUGAAAUUACACGACUAACGUGAUCCGAUAUAUUGUGCAGCUCCACCAGAAUAUACCAAAAUGUUCCUGUUUCUGUUGGUCUAUUUCAGUUUUUUUUUUGCCAAUGCAUCUUGAAGAGCGUGAACUAAAAUAAGAAAUUUAGUUUUCGAAGUUUGUUUUUCCAUCCUCCUCUAAAGACAUUAAUUAUUCAAGCUUGACAUUUUGUAAGAUUAUGUGUUACCAGAGUUAAAAUAAAAUUUGAUUAGCAAUCUUAAUAUUAUCAUUUUUUUGCACUAAUGGGUGUUGUAAAGAUUUGGUUCAAAGGACCCUUUAGUCUUUUUAACUAAAACAGAUGAUUUCUGUUAGUAUGAUGGAAUAAAACCAAUAUUUGUAACGAUGCAUGAUAAACUACAUUUGGUGUAGUAGCGGGAAAGGAAAGAGACGGUAAAUAGUGGCUUCUUUUAAACGUGUUCUUGGUAUUUGUGUUUAUUUUAUAUACCAUCUUGUGGUUUCUUCGGCUGUAUAACCCAGACAUCACUUUUACCUGUUUGAAUUGAUUAUUGACGUCAUUCGAGACGUCAUCUUUCUCAAGAUAUUUAUUUAUGAACUCUGCUGUAAUUGUAAAAUAUAUGUUGGUGUUCUUAUAGUAGUUUUUGGAAAAAAAAAAAAUUGUCGCCAUGUGCGGGGAAAAAAAAAAAAAAACAAGUGUAAAAGUAGCCGAAGAGUUUCUUCGCUGUUGCCGUGGUUGCUGUUGCUCCUGUCCUGCUUACGUAACUUCCCCCCAACCCCCCCGGCGACAAACCUAAUAUUCGGUUCAGCAGCUCAGCACUGCCCUUCCUCCCACCUGCCACCAGAGGGAGCCAGAGCUCCUGUGCGCAGCCUGUUGACUGUGACCUUAAGGCUGUACAUAAAUGGAGACAUUUGGCCAUUUCUUACUUCUGCUCAGAACAAUCCGCUGCCCUUUUAUGAACAAGUUAGUUGAGUAGAUAAACGUUUUGUUUUCGUUCGUCUUCAGGGCUCCACUGACCUGUUGUGCACUGUGUUUUGCCAGGAGGAAUGUAAAGGGAGUCAUGUCUGUCCAUCGUGCUGUGCAGGCUCUCCUAUGUGGAACAUUUUACUUUAUUAUACGCAUAGAUCACCUUAUAAGUCUGUAAAAAAAAAAGAAAUCUGUAUAUCUAUUUAUCUGUGCAAUGGUUUGGUAAAUUGUACAAUAUCUAGAAGUAUUCUUUAACGCUGAAAUGUGUUUUUGGCUAUGUUCAGAGAGGAAAAAAAGUAAAUGUAUUUAAAGACAA